GAAUCCUUCACAAAGAGUCCAACUUCCGGAAAGGUAUCCCCGGCUAUCGAAAAUAGCACUCACCCUCCAACUGUUAGUUCGCCUACUCCGGACUCUUCGAAAAUUAAUGGAAAUAGCAACGCUGCUGCUUCUUCAGCAAAUGUCAAAGUCACAAUACGAGUCCGACCUCCCAAUGCCGUUGAACUUAGCAGAGGGGAAAAUGAGAUCUGGGAAGUUAAUAAUGAUGCCCAAAACCAUGACAAUAAAGCUUUGUUCGAGAAAGGAGUGCGAGACACAGUUGGUGCUGUCAUGGAAGGAUACAAUGGAACUGUGUUUGCCUAUGGCCAGACUUCUUCGGGGAAGACCUUUACUAUGGUAAGAUGUAAUUAUAACCAUCCUACUUAUACUAAGAAAUUAAUACCAAUAUUCAAAUCGGAUAUUCACGAUAAUCUUUAUAGUACAAAGUCGAAUCCUGGUGUCAUUCCGCAGGCCGUUGAUACCGUAUUCGAAUACAUCAAAAAGUGUCAAGAAAAACAAUUUCUCCUUCGAGUUUCUUACAUGGAAAUUUAUAACGAAACUGUACGAGAUCUAUUGAGUCCAGAUACUGUGGAUUUGAGAAUUCACGAAGACAAACACCGAGGUGUAUACGUCAGUCCGCUCAAAGAAGUUCUUGUAUCAACACCAGAUCAAGUUAUGGAAGAAAUCUCCAAAGGCGAAGCAAAUCGCCACACGGGUGCAACCGAUUGGAACGAAAGGAGUAGUCGAUCGCAUAGCAUAUUUCAAAUGACUGUUGAGAGCGCUGCUAAGGGGUCACUACCAUUCAGGCAAAAUCGAUAUUCCAUGCCAGGUAUGCCGAAGAUGUCCGGAUCAGUGUAUUCUUCUGUGCUGAACUUAAUCGAUUUAGCCGGUUCGGAGAAAGCCACAACCUCAAUCGAUCGUCGUAAAGAAGGGUCUUACAUCAACAAGAGUUUGCUUACUCUUGCCACUGUUAUUUCAAAGUUGACAGAAAAAAAUUCUGGUCAUAUUCCAUUCCGUGAUUCAAAAUUGACACGAAUACUUCAGAAUUCUCUGAGUGGAAACGCUAGAGUUGCUGUUAUUUGUACUAUAUCACCAUCAAUAAUAAAUCUCGAGGAGUCGAGUAAUACUCUCAAGUUUGCCUCGCGAGUCAAGAAAGUUGUGACAAAAGCACAAACUAAUGAGGUGUUGGAUGACAAAGCUUUGAUUCAAAAAUAUCGCAUGGAAAUUGAAGAACUCAAAGUGAAACUUGAGAGAACAAAUAGUUCUAACGAACAAGAACUAUCUAAAAAGUUGGAAAUUGAAAUGGCCAAGCACGAAGAGGAAAUGCUGGAAGCACAAUUGAUCCGAACAGCAUUGAAAGAAAGGAUCGAUCACCUUACCAAAUUGAUCUUGACAAACACAUCUUUUAACGGUGCACCUUCGCCAGCUCAGUCAAAAAGGCAAAUGGGCUUUAAUGGUUCAUUCGAGCCGGCCAAUGGAUUUACUGAAAUCGAGGCUAAACUAGAUGAAAAGGACAUGAAAAUUAAUCAGCUCUUGUUGGAACUUAAGAAAAAGGAUGAACUGGUCGAACAAUUAACAGCACAGUUGAGUGCUGUCAUAUUUAACAAUACCAAGCAAAAUGAGAAUGAAUUGAUAUCUAAACUCCAGGAACAGAACGAAGAGCUACAGGCAUUGCGUGAUGCCAACAAGAGGUUGUCUGUCACUGUUGAACAACAAAAAAAGAAACUUCAAACUCUCGAAAACAAUUAA